CAACAGGAAAAGAAUAUCAAAAGCUUCAUCCUAUCUUCUUCUUUCGUGUUAGAACAAUAAACAUCUUCAUAUCUGGCCUAAUUUCAUUUUUUCUCUGAUUUGCGAUCAGAAUAAUAAUCAUCCCCUUAUCUUAUCUUCUACAAAUUACAAUCACAAACAAAAAUUUGUCUCUUCAAAUUUCUCAUAAAAAAAACCCCAGAUCACAAAUCCACAGCCAUUCAAUGCUCCUCUUGGAAAAAUCGAAUGUGCCCCGUCAGUUGUUCGACGAAUUUUCCGACCGAUGUUUUUCUGUGGAAAGCAAUCAUCAAGUGUUACUCGACCCACGGUAUGUCAGCUGCAGUUCUCGGCAUGUACUCGGAAAUGCAGCGGGCGCGAGUUAUCCCGGCAAGCAACAUGUCAAAUACUUCUCACACGAGUUCAACCAAUCGAUAUAGCAGUGCCUAUACCCCAUUUGAGGUUAGGCUGUGUGAACAUGACGAAGAAGCCGUUGUGUUGACAUCAAUGACCCCUGAAAACCCAGCCCGAAGGUUCUUGAAAUGCCCUCGCCGAAAGCCCGAACCGCCUUGUCGCCUAUUUGAGUGGAUUGAUCCCGAGUUGCCGUCGUUCCAAAAGGGUUGUUUCAACAAACUGAAGGCUGAAAAGGAUAGGCUGCACGAGCAACUGAUGUGCAAAAAUGUAAUGGAGAAAUUGCUCUCGGAGAGGUUGGAGUUAAAAGCCACCGAGAUCAAAGCACUGGAAGAGGCGAAUAUUCGGAUGAUGACUGAUUUGGAGAUUGUAGCAAUAGAAAAUGUUGAACUACAGUCGAGACUUGAUGAUGUUGUAUGUCAAGGUCGAAAGUUGGAGAAGAAGGCAGACUAUCUGUACGACCUAAAUUGGACACCAAAGUUUGAUGACUUUCUUAUCAACUACUUACUUGAAGAUAAGCUCUGUGGUAUCUUUGUUCCUAAUGCAGAUAAUACUGAAUCCAUACUUGCUGCUACGCGAGCAUUCAAUGCGUGGUUUAGCACGAGUUUCACGGUGGAGUACAUCGGAACACGCGUUGGAGUUUUGGAGAAACGACAUGAUGUUUUCACGGCUCUGAAAGACAAGGCUGGUGUUCAAUACGAUGUCGGCCAUAACAAGUACCAUGCUUCGGGCAGCACUUGGGAUGAAAUGCUAAGGUGGGAUGACUUUUCUCUGGCGUACAUGACGGAAGGUGAUCCACAUCAUAACAAACUUGUGGAGUUGUUUCACGAGGAGCCACCGUACGUAAAUCCUUUGCAGUGGUGUAUCAUUUCUAACAGCGACGACGAAGGCAAGAAGAAAGGCAGCAAGGGGCGUGGCAAAAGUGUUGAAGUUAUCAAUGUGGAGGAGUACCGUCUAAACCGUCUGCCACCGAGUAGGUUAGUUCCCUACCCCAUUCGAACUGACAUCCCCCGUAAGAAACAACCACCGCGUCCGGACUUUUAUUUGGGUAGUAGUUCAAAGGGCCCAAAAAAGAAGCAAUCCAUACACAGUCAAACCGGGUCAACUAAUGGCUCUGUGAACCAACCCACAAACGACAACUCCUCUCACGGUGCACAUGAAGCUGAGGAAAAUUCUGUAUCUACUGCAUGCUCCGUCACUCCUAUGGACUACGCGCAUGAUUGGCCAUGGAAAUAG